AUGCAACUGCACAUGAUUGCUCGAAGAUUACGAUCAACCCGAGUCAGGAAUGGAGCACUGCGUAUCGAACAGCCAAAAUUAGUAUUUUCACUCAACGAGGAUACAAAGAUGCCGUAUGCUGUAAAAGCAGAGGAGCCCCAAGACUCUCACAAGCUCGUGAAGGAGUUCAUGCUACUUGCUAAUAUUGCUGUGGCGAAGAAGAUCGAAUCACACUUCCCGCAAACGGCUUUCUUAAGAAGACACUCUCCUCCAAAGCAGAAAGUUCUUCGGGAACUAGAAGUAUGUGAAAAAAUUGGCUUCCCACUUGAUGCGGCGUCAUCGGCACGUUUGGCUUCAUCGUUGAGCAAAUUCCAAGGAGGCAACUCUUUGUUGCAGUCGAUAAAUCAAGUGCUAUCAAUGCUGCUGGCAAAGCCUAUGCAGUCUGGUUACUACAUGUGUGCUGGCUCAGCGAAAAAGAAGGAAGAGUUUCACCACUACGCUCUGAACGUUCCCUUGUACACCCAUUUCACGUCACCUCUUCGUCGUUAUGCUGACAUAAUAGUUCACAGACAGCUGGCUGCCGCUCUGGGUUAUUGCCCACCUAUGGAUAAGACAAAGGAUGAGCUGGAGAGGCUGGUGAGUAUUCAGAAUGAUUAUGUCUUUCACAUAGCUAUGAAUAGUGUUUUUGAGGCUCAACACUGCAAUGAUAAGAAACUUGCUGCAAAGGCUGUAAGCGAUUCGAGUGAUGAUACAUUCUUUGGACUAGUUGUAAAGCAGAAUGGACCGAUUGAAGCCCGCGGGGUUGUUAUAAGCGUUAUGGAUGCAUCUUUUGAUGUUCUGGUGCUGAAGUAUGGAGUUGUAAAGAGGGUAUAUGUUAACGUAAGUGCUAUCUAAGC